GCUCUCUUCAGCGAAGGCUCCGGUGAGGGUAGUAGCGAUGAGAAGACAUCGCUGCCCGUCGCCUCGGACACAACUAAGGAAGGCUCAGCUAAAAGCAAUGGAGAAACUGGCGGAUCUUCUGCCGUCGAUCAGUCGCAAUCUACCGCUCUGACCACUGAUGCCUCUGAAAAUAGUCGACACAUUACGCACAGUAAAAAGCUUCGAAUGGCCGCUUUAAACUAUCCUUUCACCGGUGACAUGCACGGAGUUCGAGGUGCCGACUAUGAAUGCUUCCGCCAAUCCCGACGGGCCAACUUGAAGGGCACUUUCAGGGCGUUCAUGGCCGCUCGAGUGCAGAAUAUUGACAGCAUCGUACGCUCAAAGGACGCCAAACUGCCUGUGGUCAAUCUUAGGGAUGAGAUUCUCUUCAACUCCUGGCGAGACAUCUUCACCGGCUCCGGCGCCCCCUUCGCCUACCCGCCCAAGAUCUACAGCUUCGACGGCCGAAACAUCUUCACCGACUCUGCCUGGUCGCAGAAGCUGGUCUGGCAUGGCGCCGACAAGAAUGGCGUUCGCAACACUGACGCCUACUGUGACGCCUGGGGCUCCAACUCCAUCUCGCGAAUGGGCGUGGCGAGCAAUCUAGUGCACGGAAAGCUGCUCGAUCAAGUGAAGUACUCCUGCAACAACCAGUUCAUUGUCCUCUGCGUGGAGGUCAGUCCAGAGGAGUCAUCCUCCUCCUCGUCCUCAACUCGACACCGUCGCCAGUCAGGUCAUGUUCAUCAUGAUCACCAGUGA